UGGAAUAGCUGCAAUAGUAAAGUGAGUUUUAGAUAAGCAUGGGAGGCAGAGUGAGUGAGAGAGACCCAAUGCAAAACCAACAAUAGCGGUUUGGGAUUUGAGGGAAUUACCAAUGACAAUGCCAUUGCCAAGACCGAGGCAGUCGUUCAACACCUACAGCCACCCCCAUCCAAUGCCAAAGCAAUCCUUCAACACCCACCACCAGUACUAUCGCCCAUUGCUCCUCUUUCUGUUUGUAGUUUUUCUAUCCUCUACUGUUUCUGCAGCAAAUAAUGAAGUCCUUGCACUACUUUCUUGGCUUCACAGCUCCCCUUCACCCCCUCCAGCACUCUCCAAUUGGCAUCCUUCCGAUUCCAACCCGUGUAACUGGUCUUACAUCACAUGUUCUGAAAACGCUGUUACUGAAAUUAACAUCCAGUCUAUUCAGCUUGCUCUUUCCUUCCCUUCCAAUCUUUCUUCUCUUUCCACCCUUCAAAAACUUGUCAUUUCUGGUGCUAAUCUCAGUGGAACUAUCCCACCUAAUGUUGGGGACUGCACAAAACUGACUGUUAUUGAUGUCAGUUCAAACAGUCUUGUUGGUGGUAUCCCUUCAAGUAUUGGGAAGCUUCAAAAUCUGCAGGAUUUAAUUUUGAACUCCAACCAGCUCACUGGAGAGGUACCAGUAGAGAUUGGUGAAUGCAGCAGCCUCAAGAAUAUCCUCAUAUUUGAUAACUAUUUAAGUGGGAAUCUUCCAGUUGAACUCGGUGAACUGUCAAAUUUGGAAGUCAUCCGAGCAGGAGGAAACAAGGACAUUUCAGGAAAAAUCCCGGAGGAACUUGGAGAUUGUGAGAACCUGAAGCUGUUGGGUCUUGCAGACACUAAAAUUUCUGGUUCCAUUCCAGCUUCACUUGGUAAGCUAAGCAAACUUCAGACUCUGUCCGUAUAUACUACUAUGCUUUCUGGUGAGAUUCUUCCGCAUAUAGGCAAUUGUUCAGAGCUCGUGGAGUUGUAUCUGUACAAGAAUGAUCUCUCAGGCUCACUACCUGAAGAGUUGGGCAAGCUAAAGAAGCUGGAGAAGUUGUUAUUGUGGCAAAACAAUUUUGAUGGGAGUAUUCCUGAGGAAAUAGGAAACUGCAAAAGCUUGAAAAUUGUUGAUCUCUCCUUGAAUUAUUUGUCUGGAAGCAUACCUCAGACAUUUGGAAACCUCUCAAAUCUUCAAGAGCUCAUGCUUAGCAGCAACAACAUUACUGGUACCAUCCCACCAGUUCUCUCUGAUGCCUCACAACUGAUCCAGUUACAGGUUGACGCAAAUCAAUUAUCAGGCUCAAUUCCAGCUGAGUUGGGGAAGUUGAAGGAGCUUCAAGUUUUCUUUGCUUGGCAGAACAAACUUGAAGGAAGCAUUCCAUCAGCAUUGGCUGGUUGCAUGAGCCUCGAAGCUCUAGAUUUGUCACACAAUGCACUCACUGGAAGCUUGCCUCCUGGUUUAUUUCAGCUUCAAAAUUUAACAAAGCUUCUCUUAAUUUCUAAUGACAUUUCAGGUGUCAUACCUCCUGAGAUUGGUAACUGUCGUUCCCUUAUCAGGCUGCGGCUUGUUAACAAUAGAAUAAGUGGCGUAAUACCUAAAGAGAUAGGUUUCCUCAACAACCUAAGUUUCCUUGAUCUAUCUGAGAACCGACUUGGUGGGUCCAUUCCAGACGAGAUUGGCAAUUGCGCUCAGUUGCAGAUGUUGAACCUGAGCAAUAAUACACUUAAAGGUACUCUGCCAAACUCUUUAUCUUCUCUUACUAGACUUCAGAUAUUAGAUGUUUCAGUCAAUCAACUUGAGGGUCAGAUUCCAGAGAGUUUUGGUCAACUUCCUUCACUUAAUAGACUUGUUCUUAGUGGAAACUCCUUCUCUGGAGAAAUCCCUUCCUCACUUGGCCAUUGUUUAAGCCUUCAAUUGCUUGAUCUUAGUAGCAAUGCACUUUCUGGCACGAUCCCAGCGGAACUAUUUGACAUCCAGGCUCUUGGCAUUGCGUUAAACCUAAGUUGGAAUUCAUUAUCUGGGGUAAUUCCACCUCAAAUAUCUGCAUUGACCAAGCUAUCCAUACUAGACCUUUCACACAAUAAGCUUGAAGGCGACUUGGUAGCUAUUUCUGGCCUUGAUAACCUUGUUUCCUUGAAUAUCUCCUACAAUAAUUUCACUGGCUAUCUCCCAGACAGCAAGUUGUUUCGACAGUUAUCAGCAACAGAACUAGCGGGAAACAGCGGACUGUGUUCUAAAGGGCAUGAUUCAUGUUUCCUGAGCAAUGGUACAGCAAUUGGUGUGGCAAGUAAUAGAGGUUUCAAGCGGUCACAGAUUAAAAUAGCAAUUUCAUUGCUUAUUACUCUGACCAUUGCGUUGGCUAUUUUAGGCGUUAUUGCAGUUUUUGGAACUAGGAAAAUGGUAGGGAAUGAUAAUGAAUCUGAGAUGGGAGGGGAUUCGUGGCCUUGGCAAUUCACACCAUUCCAGAAGUUAAAUUUCUCAGUCGAACAAGUUUUGACAUGUCUGGUGGAAGCCAAUGUCAUUGGAAAGGGUUGCUCGGGUAUUGUUUAUCGUGCGGAACUGGGAAAUGGAGAAGUCAUUGCUGUGAAGAAGCUCUGGCCAACAACAAUGACAGCUGGAUACGACUGUCACAAUGAGAAAAUUGGAAUUGGUGGAGUCCGAGAUUCCUUUUCUGCAGAGGUUAAAACCCUUGGUUCAAUCCGUCACAAGAAUAUAGUUAGGUUCUUGGGUUGUUGCUGGAACAGAAACAAAAGAUUGCUUAUGUAUGACUACAUGCCUAAUGGAAGUUUGGGUAGUCUUCUCCACGAGAGGAGUGGUAGUUGCUUAGAAUGGGAGCUGAGGUAUCGCAUUAUAUUGGAAGCAGCUCAAGGUUUGGCUUAUCUACACCAUGAUUGUGUUCCUCCCAUUGUCCAUAGAGACAUCAAGACCAACAACAUUCUCAUUGGUCCCAACUUUGAGCCCUAUAUUGCUGAUUUUGGUCUUGCCAAGCUUGUUGAUAACAGAGAUUUCGCUAGAUCUUCCAGUACAGUUGCUGGUUCCUAUGGUUACAUUGCACCAGAGUAUGGCUAUAGGAUGAAGAUAACAGAGAAAAGUGAUGUGUAUAGCUAUGGUGUUGUUGUCUUAGAAGUACUAACUGGAAAACAGCCAAUUGAUCCAACCAUACCUGACGGGCGCCAUGUUGUCGAUUGGGUGAGACAGAAGAGAGGAGAAAUUGAAGUGCUAGAUCCCAGCUUGUGUGCUCGACCAGAAUCUGAGAUUGAGGAAAUUUUGCAGACACUAGGUGUGGCUCUCCUCUGUGUGAACUCUUCGCCUGAUGAUCGACCCACCAUGAAAGAUGUAGCAGCAAUGUUAAGUGAAAUAAGGCAGGACAGAGAGGAAUGCGUGAAAGUUGACAGGCUGCUCAAUGGUUCUCCUUCUCCAGCAACUAAUCAUUCUCAUCAAGAAAAUGGCAACUACCCAUCAGAAGUGAUGCAGAGCUCAUACCUGCAAAGCAGCAAUUCAAGCUUUUCUGCAUCUUCAUUGCUAGACACUUCUUCCAAUGCCAAACCAGCUUUUAAAUAGUGAUAAGGAAACAUGUUAUGCUUCUAAGUAACCGAGGUUUUAGUUUGGAGGAAACUUUUUCAAGUUUUCCCUUUCGAAAUCGUACUACAGAGUCAGAACUCGGGUUUGUACAUGUAAAAUUUGGAAUGAAUAAUAGGAAGCACC